AUGACUAACUAUAUGGUUUUUCACACUCAAAUUGCCUCCAUCAUGGAGGAGCUAGCAAAUACAGCCGUAGGAGAGAUCUGUAAACUCGUAGACGACGACUAUGCAGUGUUUCGUUUGGAAAUAACUCAAAGCCAGAAAGAAAACAGAGGGCUGCGGAAGAAACUACAACUACUGGAACUGAAGGUGGCGCGGGAGCGCGCAGAGCUGACAACAAGAGAGCGCGUUCUCGCCAGUCGAUCUAGCAGUGUCAACAUCCUGGACCGAUCCAGAGGAAUGACUAGAGGACAUCUUACUGGAGGCCACAGGAGCUUUGUGAAGCCAGCGGGACACAACGCGUGGAGAGAUGACCAACCAAUCACUGUUGAUGAGGGGAGUGGAACCUCAACCCAGCAUGUUAUUGUGAUAGAGUCUGCAGAUGCAGAGGCUAGAGGUCCUAAGGUCAAGCAGGAGAGGUCUGAAGGAGAGGACCCACUACACAGAAGACACAUCGAGAUUGGGACGCCCCCUGUAGCCACGGAGAACCGCACUGCCACGCCCCAACCCAGGACCUGCCGCAACAUCAUGGAGGAGGAGGGUCCAGAGGUGCAGCUAAUAGAGGAGGGGUGUGAGGAGGGUCUGGGGAACCCUGAGGGGACCAUAGUCAUGAAGGACAACCAGACUACACCUCCUGAACCCACAGAGGAACCAGCUGAGCAGCACAGGACCACACACAUUCUCACUGAGUCAGUAUACAUGGAGGAUGGGAAGCCUGAUCUACUGCUGGUCAAAGAGGAGACAAUAGAAGAUGAACCAGAGAGCAUUGAUCUGCUGAGUGGACUAAAGAUGGGGGAGCAAGGUGGUUGGCUGGAGGCUAACAGAGGAGACUGGGCAUCCAUGUUAGAUUUCCAGACCCAGGCCGGUGCAGCCAAAGGCCCAGGGGAUGACAUCACUGAGCAGGACAGGACUAGAGGCAACAUAGCGGAGAUCAGUGGAUGGGACAGUGUCUUCAACUCUGGGCUGGGGAACAACACUGUUAACCACAACCAGAAACAGACUGUCGAACACAAAACAACAAACAAACUUAGUCUCCAUGACAACAGACUGGCUGAGACCAGGGUGAGGAGUAGAUUUGGUCCACGGGGACGGGGAGGUGUACAUAUGCGACGGGAGAGAACAGACACAGACUCGGCUAGCGAUGCUCCUUCCUGCUCCUAUAGUUGUGAUUCAGAGAGACUGAUGGUACCUCAGGUUAACCCCCUAACAGGUGCUGCCUUCAGCCUGCCUUCUAUAGGAUCUAUCAACUGGAACAUGGACCCUGUGACAACACAGACACUCCCUGGCCUUCGUCCUCACACUCUCCUAAUGUUAAACCAGACCUCAGACAAUGCCAGUGCCUCAACACUAAAUGGCUACACAAGCCCAUUGACAAAUGACAGUAGUAGAGACGUAAUCAGUAAAGGUGGCAGGGCCAAAGAGAAGCGCUUCCCGUGUUCGUUCUGUGGGAAAGCCUUCACUUUCCCCAAACAGGUGGAGAUCCACCAGAGGAUGCACACGGGGGAGAAACCAUUCAGCUGCCACCUGUGCCGGGCUAGUUUUUCCGACUCUUCCAACCUGAAGAGGCACCAGAGAAUGCACACGGGGGAGAAACCGUUCAGCUGCCACCUGUGCCAGGCAAGUUUCUCACACUCAUUCAACCUGAAAAGGCACCAGAGGGUCCACACAGGGGAGAAAUCCAACAGCUUCCCCAGUGUGGGUAGAGGUUCUCCCACCAGCACCAGCUGAAGACGUACCUGAAGGUCCACACGGGAGAGAGACCGUUCGCCUGCACACACUGCGGGAAGAGGUUCUCAGAGAGGAGCAACCUCAGAAUACACCAGCAGAAAAUGCAGACGGCCCAUGUAUAGUAUAGUGACAUGUAGUAGUACUAGUUUGUUUGUUUGUAGUUAAUUCUGUUGUUUUGGGGUGUAGUAGGGAACUGGAUGAGGUGAACUGAGGAAAGAAUGAGUAUGAUGAGGCAGAGUAGAUGAUAUGGUGAUGGUUGGUGUGAUGGUGUCUGUAAAAAUGCUUAAUUGAUGGGUACAACCCUAACUGCUUGUCCCUUUAGGUUGCUACUGGUAUUUUAUAGUGAGAUAAUGAGUGCCUUAAUUCACAUUUACUUGACAUAAAAUAGUGAAGAUGUGUGUAAUGUUGAACCUUUUCCAAAGUAUUCAAACAUGUAUUUUAUUAAAGUGAGGGUACCAGAUUUACAUUAAAGGUAAAGUGUUAGUGAAAAGUAUCAUGUAUCGUUUUGUGCAAUAAAAGUACUGUACUUCACGUUAUGUGAGUGUAUAUGACCAUUUUGUUGAAAUUAAAUACAAAAUUGACUCUG